AAUGCAAUUCAACAAAAAUAUACAACCAAAGAUCAGCACAUCGGAAACUGACCAGCUCGCUCAGCCAGUCAGGCAUUUGACGGUCCAGUCAUCGCAGAUCGGUUCCCGUGAAAACAUCUCCACGCGUUUAACCCGAACAAGUGAAUUGUGAUCGUGAUCGUGCGUGAAAGUCAAUUACACCGCGUGAAGACGGCAGCGUCGAAAUCUGUUUCAUUUAACCGGUGGCAAUAAGUGUCAGAGCGGCGGAGUUUGUGUGAUGUUUGGCUAACGAAAUUCGAGCCAGUGCUAAAAAUAAUCCAAUCGGAAAAUUAUAAAUUCAAACCACAAUGUGAAACAAAAGUGGUCGCUAAUUGGAAAGUUUGGUUUAGGUGCCCCCGGGAGGAGGGCAGAUCGUAAGUUUGAAUGAAGCAAACGCCGAACAAAGGAGGAAAAAUUCAUAAAGUGAGUGGAUGAAAACAGGGAAAAGCAGCCAGCGGUUGAAGAAAUGAUUUGUGAUAUUGCUGCGGCUGGUUUUCCACCGCGUUCGUCUGGUCGAAUUCUGGGCUAUGUUGCUCUUGUCGGGGGCGACAGCGGAGGAAGCCUCGGGCCAGAACAAACGGUGGAUAUUUGCCAUUUAAAUUUAUCCAGCUUAAUCGUGAAUGCACUGGCACUGGCCGGCAUAACAGGAGCUCUAAUUUACGCCAGCUGGAACUUUAUGGGCAAGCGUCAUAAUCUGCUGGCUUUGCAUAAUUUGCGGUUAACGCUCGUACUAGCAUCAAUUCUAGUCGGCAUCUGUGAGGUGGCCCAACAUAGUGUGAUCAUUCAUCAUCUUGGUCAGCUGGAAGCGGAACCUUCGAAUGGAGGCGGCCAUAUUCCAAGGCCUAAUGAGGAUGCCGGUGGUCAGGGCGGUUUGGAAGAUGGACUGCCCGAAGCUGAAUCGAACAAGAAUGCACACCAUGAAGAGCUAAAUUAUGGGGUGUCCAUGGAAACGGCUGUUAUGGGCCUGUGUUCUUUCUGCCUAGGAAUGGUUUCGAUUAUUGUGGGAGCAGUAUUCGUGCGAGUGGUGGAACUUAAAGAUGAAUAUGGACUAUUAUAUAUCACCAUGACGGUUCAAGGCGCUCAAUGCAUUGUGAAGUGGUGCCAAUUUGAAUACAUCUAUGGUGUCACGGACAGCGUAACGGCGCUGUCGACGUCGUUGACCCUUGGUUCGUCGCUGGUGCUGGCAGCACUUGCCAUUGCCGAUGGUGUUACGCUGUAUCAAGAGGUCAAUUUUUUGGGCUUGGAUCUCGGCUUCUAG